CAGUCAGUUGUAAAGCUAUCGCUGUUAUGAUAGCACAACAUUUAUAACGUCAAGUGGUUAUCGUUUGUUUUUUACCAUACACACGUACGCGCGGUACUAUACGUUAAGACGAUCGUUUCUAUAGUAAAUAUUACCCGGUGGUGGUGUAUGUUGCAAGUGUUCUGAUAGUGUCACUUAAUUACACUCAACCGUGCGUGAACAAUGGACCACUUACCUUAAUUUGUAUUUUGACUCUAAAAUUCGAUGCACUAAUCUUCCUCUUACAGAUAUUAUGGUGUGAAUGAAAUAUAGUCAAUUCUUACAACAAUGGAUUUUCUUAUUGGCGGCACAGCAGCUAUGUGUGCAGGGCUAUUCAGCAAUCCCUUCGAUGUGAUAAAAACACGGCAACAAUUACAAGGUGAAUUGCAAAAGAAUACAAAAACGAAGUUACCGUACCGGGGAUUAGGUCAGGCCAUCGUAACAAUAGUCAAAUCUGAAGGACUGCGAGGUUUACAAAAAGGAUUGGGUUCAGCGCUGGGAUUUCAAUUUGUUAUGAACAGUACCCGAUUGGGAUUGUACGAAACCGUUGACCGAUUAGGCUGGACACGAUAUUCGAAAACGAACGACCAUUCACCGGUUCUGUGCGUGUUCUGGGGUGGAAUGGCAGGAAUCGCUGGUUCGGCUAUUGGUUGUCCGUUUUAUAUGAUCAAGACACAAAUACAAGCCCAAUCACACGGUCAAUUCGCUGUAGGAUAUCAGCAUCAACACCGUGGGACUGUCAGUGCAUUGAUUACAACGUAUAAGACACAGGGGUUUAAAGGUCUGUGGAGAGGCUUUACCGGUAUCGUUCCUAGAACUGCUGUUGGUUCCGCUAUCCAAUUGACAACAUUUACAAAAUGUAAAGAUUUCUUCUUGAAAUAUGAGACAUUUCAGAAGUCAACGUUUCUAACCGCAUCAGCAGCUAGUAUGGUUAGCGGUUUUUUCCUCGUUGUCGGUAUGACACCAUUUGAUGUCGUAGCUACUAGAUUGUUCAAUCAAGGAGUUGACGCUAAUGGCAGAGGACUCCUGUACCGAAACAUUUUCGAUUGUUUCUACAAAACAUUCAAAAUCGAAGGACUGCGUGGCCUGUACAAAGGUUUCGUUGCGAACUAUUGGCGUGCAGCACCACAUACAAUUUUGAAUCUUACGUUUUGGGAGCAGUUUAAGAAGUGGAAGAAUCUGUAUUUGUCCGACGAAGCGAACAGUUAUUUUGAGUGAUGCGAGUGCUUUGAAUUGAUUGGAGUUUUUGAGUUUUGUGUUUGAUGUAGCGUACUGUGAAAACUAAUGCAAUUAAUCGUUUUUGUGUCCAGAUUUGGAAGACAUAUAAGUCAGUGAACGAAACUAAUAAAAUAUUUUUGUCAA